GUCAAACAGGACGAAGGCUGGUCGAGUUUGCAGACUCGAUCGGGCUAAUGCUCAGAUUCGAUCGUAUCGAGUUGAAAGAUUUGGAGGGUAUACAAGCGAGCACAGGGUCGGUCAUCGCUAAUUGCAUGUUACAUCAUCAGCCACAAAUGUCUUGUGAGAGCUUGGCAUUGUUGAGGAUUUUCCUAGGCAACGUGAGAAAAUUAUCACCAAAAUUGGUGGUUUUGGUGAAGGAUGAGCUGCUAUCGAACACAACCAAGAGCUCGCCUACGCCGUUUGUGGAGUUCUUUUGUGAGGCGAUGCACCAUUUUUCUUCAAUGUUUGAUGCAAUGGCUUGUAGCUUCUACGGGGAGUACAAAAUUGGGCUAAGGUCAGUUGAGAAGGAGAUAUUGGGUCCAAGGGUGAUUGAUUAUGUGAGCCAAUUCCCAUUUCGGUCUUCGAGCAUGGAGGGGUUCAAGUUGAGUCCGUCGAGUGCUUGCAACGUGUCACAAGCUAAGUAUUUGUUAGGGUUAUUUAAUAGAGGGUUUAGUGUGCAACAUGACAAUGGGAGGUUGGCUUUGUGUUGGAAAUCAAGGCCUCUAAUUGGCGUAUCCAUUUGGGUUCCUACUUAGCUUGAAUAUUUGUAGUUAUAUGAGCAAGUAAUAGAGAUGCAUAGCUUUAGAUUAGAUAGAAAAAACAAGACAGAUUUCAAAGAUGCUUGUUGAAAGAAAUGAUUUUCGGUGGCAAUCACGUUUGUAUUUGUG